UUGGCUCAGAGACUGCCUGCAGGCCAAUUUGUAAAUGGUUUGCGGAGCUGCCAAUCAAAGCAGACAUCCUCUCCUCAGGCUGUGACUGCGAAACAUCUCAGUUGCUGUGUGGAGAGAUUUGACGGAGGGACGCUGCCGUGCGUGGAGCCAUCAGUGCGCCGCAAUCCGUAAUGCCUCGGUGAGGAUCUGCCACGGCGGAGAGGACGCAGCGCAUGUGAAAUAUUGUGGAUUUGCAUGUCAGCAGAGGAGGGACUGGUCGCCGGCUCCGCGGCUGUUUGUCUGUUUCUUAUCGCUUCUCUGUCCCCCCUCCCUCCCUCACAUGUCACUCUAAUUAAUCGGAGGCAUGUGGAACCGCACCAGGAUUAGGAAUUGCCUCCCAAUAGUGUGCCUGCUGUUGACGUUAUGGACGAAGGUGUCCCAGUCAACCGGCUAUUUUGAGCUGCAGCUGAUCUCCGUGGAGAAUGUGAACGGCGAGCUGGCGGACGGGGAGUGCUGCGACGGCCCCAGGAGUCCCCAGGACCUGCGCUGCACCCGGGACGAGUGCGACACCUACCUGAGAGUGUGCCUGAAGGAGUACCAGAUGGAGGUCACCACCACCGGGGCCUGCACCUUCGGAGUCGGAUCUACGCCGGUUCUCGGUGGGAAUACGUUUUCUUUCAAGGCCGCCAAGAACAACGCGAAGAGCGACGAAGCCGGAAAGAUCGUGAUUCCCUUCCAGUUCGCCUGGGUGCGAACUUUUACGUUGAUUGUUGAAGCCUGGGAUUGGGACAACGACACACGCAACAACGGCGAGGAGCUGCUGAUCGAGCGCGGCGUUCACACUGGCAUGAUCAACCCCGGCGACCCCUGGCAGACCAACCGCCACGACGGGCCGACGGCUCGCCUCAUCUACCGCAUCCGGGUGCGCUGCGACGAGAACUACUACGGGAACAAGUGCAACGAGCUGUGCAAUCCUCGGGACGACUACUUUGGACACUAUCGCUGCGACGCCUCAGGGACUCGGGUUUGUCUGGACGGCUGGAUGGGCAAAGAGUGCAAGACAGCGAUCUGCAGACAAGGCUGCGACCCGCUACACGGCAACUGCUCUGCUCCAGGCAAAUGCGAGUGUAAGUACGGCUGGAAGGGCCAGUUCUGCGAUGAAUGUGAGGUUUUUCCCGGAUGCAUUCACGGCACCUGCAACCGGCCCUGGGAGUGCAACUGUGAGAGGAACUGGGGCGGCCUCUGGUGUGAAAAAGAUCUAAAUUACUGCGGCCGUCACCAGCCGUGCGUCAACGGAGGAACCUGCAUGAACUCCGAACCAAACCAGUACAACUGCGCCUGUCCGCAGGGCUACUCUGGAAAAAACUGUGAGAUAGCCGAGCAUUCUUGCGUUUCCGACCCUUGCUCCAACGGCGGGACGUGUCGUGACGUCGCUGCAGGAUACGAGUGUCUGUGUCCGCCAGGCUGGAAGGGGCCGACCUGCGACAAAAAUCUGGAUGAAUGCGCGUCCAGUCCGUGUUUUCACGGUGGGACCUGCAUCGACCUGGAGGAUGGAUACAAGUGCGUGUGCCGCCCACAGUGGGAAGGGAAGACGUGUCUCAUAGAUGCAAAUGAAUGUGCAGGACAGCCCUGUGUGAACGCUAACUCUUGCAAAAAUCUAAUUGGUGGAUAUCACUGCAACUGUUUCCGGGGAUGGUCGGGCCGAAACUGUGACAUCAACGUCAGUGGCUGCCAAGGCCGAUGCCAGAAUGGAGGAACCUGUAAGAAGGGACAGAGGGGCUACCGCUGCCAAUGUCCUCCUGAUUUUGUCGGCAAUCACUGCGAAAUCCAGAGGAAUAAAUGUGAGAGCGGGCCGUGCCAGAACGGUGGCAGGUGCCACGUGGUUUUGAACGGCUUCGUGUGUGAAUGUCCACCGGAGUUCGGUGGCCAACGGUGUGAGAUCUCUCACCGGCCCCCCUCUGAUGCCUGCGAUUCGAACCCCUGUGAAAACGGCGCCACCUGCCACAGCAUGGAGCAAGACUUCUACUGCGCUUGUCCCGAAGGCUACGAGGGAAAAACCUGCGAACGUCUGAAGGAGCGCUGCCAAACUGCAACAUGUCAAGUUAUUGACAGCUGCGUCGUUGCCGUACCCGUCGACGACUCGGGAGGAGUGCAGCACGUCUCUUCCAACGUGUGCGGCCCCCACGGACGAUGCAUCAGCCAGCCAACCGGCAAUUUCAGCUGCAUCUGUGAUCCGGGUUUCAGCGGCAUCUACUGUCAUGAAAAUAUCAACGACUGCAUCAGCAGCCCGUGUAAGAACGGCGGGACUUGCAUCGACAGAUUGAGCUCCUUUCGGUGCCUCUGUCCGGACGGCUGGGAGGGUCAACUCUGCGACCUCAACAUCAACGAGUGCAGACACAACCCGUGCAAAAACGGUGGACGCUGCGUCGACUUGGUGAAUGACUUCUACUGCGAAUGCGCCGACAACUGGAAGGGCAAGACCUGCCACUCCCGUGAGAGUCAGUGCGAUGAAACCACCUGCAGUAAUGGCGGCACCUGCUACGACCACGGCGACGCUUUCCGCUGCUCCUGCCCGCCUGGCUGGGAAGGAAACACGUGCAACACAGCCAAAAACAGCACUUGUGCCUCCAGUCCUUGUUCCAACGGUGGGACGUGUGUGGGAGGAGGAGACGCGUUUUCCUGCAUCUGCAAAGAGGGCUGGGAAGGCCCCACCUGCGGACAGAACAUAGACGACUGCAACCCUCAUCCAUGUUAUAACGGUGGGAUUUGUGUGGAUGGAGUCAACUGGUUCCGCUGCGAGUGCGCUCCUGGGUUUGCUGGACCGGACUGUAGAAUAAACGUAAACGAGUGCCAGUCUUCUCCCUGCGCCUACGGAGCCACCUGUGUGGACGACAUCAAUGGCUUCCGGUGCAUUUGUCCUCUUGGUAGAUCAGGAGCCAGAUGCCAAGAAUUCAUAGGCAUUGGAAGGACCUGUCACUAUGCUGGUCUGCAGUUUCCUCAUGGCAGCCAUUGGGAGGAAGAGUGCAACAACUGUCACUGCAUCAAUGGCAAAGUGUUCUGCACAAAGGUGCUGUGUGGUCGCCGCCCCUGCCGGCUCAAUCCGUCAGAAGAAGAGUCGGGACAGAAGUCCUGCCCAGCCGGACAGAAGUGUCUGGAGCACAACUACUACACCUGCUUCUCUCACCCCUGCGAUCAGUGGGGGGUUUGUUCGAUGGCUGGACCCCCGGCUCCCCAAGCAACCACCAAGUGCCAGCCAAACAGCGGCCAUUUGGACAACAGCUGUGGCCGCAUAACUCUUGUUUUCAACAGAGACAAAGUGCCGCCCGGGAUCACAGUGGAGAAUAUCUGCUUUGAGCUGAGGUAUCUUCAAGACACCAGGAGUUUGGCGAAAGACCACGCUCUUCUUCUUUUGUGCGACCUCUCGCAUUCAAAUCCAGAUGCCGUAGAGGUAGCCAUUUCUUUUCAGCCGGAAAAUCUUCCAGACCACAGUCUGAUCCAGGAGGCUGCCAGUGCCGUUGUGGGCACCUUGUCCAAGAGGCACAACAGCACCGUGAUGCUGGCAGUCAUAGAGGUGAAGGUGGAAACGCAGCUCAUGCCUCCUUCAGUGGACUACCUGGUGCCUCUUUUGUGCGUCCUCUUCUGCUUGCUGUGCCUCUUCUGCAUCAUCGUCUGUGUGUGGUGGACGCGGAAACGCAGAAAAGAGCGUGAGAGGACGGCGCAGUCUGCUCCUGACGGCAACGUAAACAACCAGUGGGAACCGCUGCGUCUCGUCGUGGGACGCCAGCCACAGCAGCAGCUGAAGGAGAGCAACAGGGAGACUGAGCAGGAGCGCAAAAAGCUCAUGGGCCCCUCCUGUCGGACGUGUGACGACGAGGAGGAGGAGACGGAGGGCGAGCUCGAGGAGGAGCGCGGUGGUGGUGAGGCGGGAAAGGAGCUUGUUUAUAGGUACUCUAAAACUGCAGUGCAGUCCAGUGGGGGGGUGAUCUGCACCCUGCACAGCUCCAGUCCGCCGCUCAAAGCCCCCCACCGGACCCAAGGCUACAGCUCUAAAGACAACCGCUGGAAAGACGUCAGUGCCGUCUUGACUGGUCAGAAAGAGCUCAAAGACCAUUGUGUGUAAGAAAACGUGAAGAAAGGACGAUGCAGAAGCAAGAGAGGCUGCAAGGCAGCUACUAUUCUAUUAUGUUUUGACUUCUUUCGAAACCGAAACGAGGCUUUGCGUUUAAGAAGCCGUUCUUUGUUUUUAUGUUUUUUUGUUGUCGCUGAAGGUGAUUUCUUCUUUUUUCUUUCCCCUCGUUCAGGAGGUGUGAGCACAGUGAACAUCUUAUUUUUGCUUCUCUUGUUACUUUUUGUUGCGUACGGAAGAAGGCGCUGAAAUGUAAUAUAUAUAAUUUCAGGAGGCGAAAGAAGCUCCCUGCUUAUUUUCUUUCAGUUCAUUUAUGGAAUUCUGCUAUUUAAGUAACAUUUGAAUUAUUAAAGAAUAAAAAAUAAAAAAAGCUGUACAAAGAUUGUUUACAGACUGUUAUGAUUUUCGUUGAAAUGUCAGUGGGCUCUAAGGAUUUGGACGAAAAUGGACAGUUUUCUCCGUCACCUUCCAGCUUUGCCCACCGAUCCACCUGCGGCUGUCAUGCCUUACCAAAACAUUGGCCUGGAGGGAGGAAGACGGGACAGAAACCCCAGUGCCUACUACGUGGCCUUCCAUGUUUUUUUGUUUUCUCCUUUGUCUCAGUUGUCUCGGCUGAAAGCUGUAUUUGUAAUAUUUUGCAGUAUUUGAGUUGGUAGCAAGUGCCUUUUCUACGAGCCGCCGUGGCUCCGAGUCGUGCUGCCCAGUUUGACCUCCUUCCUCUCUGAUCUCGAAGGGAUUCUUGUACAUUUAAAGAGUUCAGUUUCACAGCAACGCCAUUCAAGGUAUUUGAUCAAAGCUGAAAUGACUACGCUGUACAUACAUGUAAAUACUUAAAGGAGUCGCUGUGUAUAUUUGAAAUAAGUAAGUUAAAAACAAGUCACACAUUUUUAUUAUUAUUGUUAAUAUUAUUUUUAUUUUAUUUUUUUUACAAUGUCGUUUCUUUUAUUUAUGUCAGUUGAUACAAGCAGGUUUUCUAACGGUUGACACCCCCGGUUGAAACUUUUACACAGAGGUACCACCUAUGGGGGAUUUUCUGACGGGUUUAGAAACGGCUUGGCGUCUCGUCUUUAAAUUAUAAAACAGAGUAACUUUCUCGCGGUUUGGAAAUGAUCACUGCCAUUACACAACACUGUUGGGCACAAUCUUUAAUAUUUUUUUUGUCUCUAAGCAACAUAAAGCAUUUAAAACAACAUUGUAGCCUUAAAGUUUUCAAGCCAUUUCUAAACCCAUUGGAAAUCCUUUUAUUUCAGGUGCCUUAAUGUAAUAAUUUAUUACAUUUCUUAUUUGGGUUCAGAAUUUUUUUUUUUUUUUUUUUUUUGUAUUUCCACGUGUUGAGGAACUUAAUUGUCUCAAACAUAGUGUGGUGUAUUAUGGCGUGUUUUUAUUCACCAGAAUAAAACACUCCCAUUUAUCUCACUUGCUUGUCUAUCAUGGUGAUUCCUAGAAUUAAACAGUUUGGAGAAAAUUAAAAUUAUAGCAGUUCUGAAUGUGGGUCAAAUGUGGAUUUCAUGCAUUUGCUUCAUGUUUUGGUUCAAAGGCUUUAAUGAAGGGAACAAUGUUUGCAGACGCAGGAAUAUAUAUAUAUUUUUUUCGUUUUUUAUUCAGUUGCUAGUUCAGCUUCAAAAGGCAAAAUUUUACAUCCUUUUUAUGUUUUGUUUUUUCAUACCACUGUCUCAAAACGCCAUUGUAUUUCUGUAAAUGGGACACAGCAAAAAUAAAGAAUUGAAGAUGCAUCGCUGUUCAACAUGCAUUUUGUAUACACUUGCUGUUCAAGGGACAUCAGUUAAUUUUGUAUAAAGUAAAAAAGUUUUCAUUCUUUCA